AUGAAACUAAGUGUUUUAUUAAGCGUUUGCAUCGAUUCACACAAUAAUAAGGUCUUAAUUGAAUCCCUGGAGAAUCAGUACAAGACUAUUAUCACCGAUGGAUGCGCUCAACACUCGACCCAAACCACAACCACUCAUAACUGGCCAUUGGAUACACAGACAACACCUGUCGGCCACCGAUCGGAGACAAUCACUACUGAAGACCAGUCAUUAAUCUCCGAGGACAUUGUAAAUGACGGUCAGAUAGAGACAGACACUAGAAGUGAUGGAUGUGUUGACACAAAUACAGAGACAAUUCAUAUCGUGAAUGAAAAUGAGAUUAAAGAGGAGAAGGAGGACACGGAUUGGUCACCGCUUUCUGUGAUGAAGUACUCGACAUAUAAUAAGCCGAAGAGACAGAGAUUACAACACAAGGCGAGGAAAUCAUGUGUGAGUUCACCGCCGAAGACAUCAAUCUAUAUCUGCAAUUUGAUGGGAUGUGUGGACACAUUCAUAACGAAGAGUCUAUUGGAUAAUCACCGGAAAGUCAAUCACAAAAUUGAUGUCCCGUUUGGUGCGCGACAAUUAGUCGUCAAAACAGAUCCGCAAAGUUCUUCGUCACUCAAGCCGUUUGCUUGCAAUUACGAAAACUGCAACUUUCGAGCCGUCAAUCAAUUGCUACUUAACAAACAUCUGGAAAGUCACGAUAGAGCUAACCAUCAGUUCUUUUGCGAUUACGAUGACUGCGGCCGAAGUUUUGCACACAAGAGGGCUCUCAAAAUACAUCAACGCAGUAGCGGACACUUCGAUGACACCGACGAUAUGGCGAUUCCGGGGCCGCCCUAUGGCUGCCAAAGACGUAACUGUAAGAAAGCCUUUACGACAUUAUGGAAACUGAAGAGACACGUGGAUCAGGUGCACGACGGGGUCCGGCCAUUCGCGUGUCACGACUGUCCGCAACGGUUCCAGUCGUGUAGUAGUCUUCGCAUACAUCGGCUGCAAAAGCAUUCAUUGGAACCGAAAGUGUUUAAAUGCGAUUUCAUUGGCUGUGAGUUCGAGACUAACGUUUCAAACAGUUUGGAUCAGCACAAGAAACGUCACCUGAAUAUCAAAAAGUUUGUCUGUGAAGAGACAGACUGUGCGAUGAGUUUUAUCAGUAAAGCCGACCUCAAGAGGCAUAUGCGGUCGCACAGCGAUGAACGGCCGCAUCGGUGCGAUUGGCCCGGAUGUGAGUCCGCCUACAAAAGGGCCGACUUGUUGGCCGAUCACAGGCGCCGACACACCGGAGAUCUGCCGUUCGUUUGCGAUGAAUGCCAGCGAAGGUUUCCCUCCAAAAACACACUCAACGCUCACAACAGGGAUAUACACAUCAAUGGGACGGACAAUAAGAGGUUUAAAUGCGAUGUCAGCGGCUGUUCGUGGGUUACAAACAAACCGUUUUUUCUUAAAGUCCAUCGACGGACGCACCAAAAUCUCCGGCCGUUUGUGUGCAAAGAGACCGAUUGUGGGAAGAGUUUUAACCUCAAGAGCACUCUCACGAAACACAUGCGGUGUCACAGCGAUGAGCGGCCGUUUCGGUGCGAUUGGCCCGCAUGUGAGUCCGCAUACAAGUCAUCCAAAGGUUUAGCCGAUCACCGGCGCACACAUACCGGCGAACGGGAGUUCAUGUGUCCGUUUCCCGGUUGCGGCAAAAAUUAUACGUCCAGUUCUAUUCUCUCAACGCAUAAAAACACUCACAAACAGCCGUAUGUCUGUCAUUGGCCGGCGUGUGACCAGAGGUUUGGCGAUAAUCGCCGACUUAAGGCUCAUAUUGCCGAACAUCAGGGCAUUCUUAUGAGUGGUUGUGGUUUGGGUCGAGUGUUGAGCGCAUCCAUCGGUGAUAAUAGUCUUGUACUGAUUCUCCAGGGAUUCAAUUAA